UGUGUGUGUGUGUGUGUGUGUGUGUGUGUGUGUGUUUGUGUGUGCACGUGCGCAUGUGUGUGUGUGUGUUUUUGUAGCCUGUAGGGUAGACCAGGCUGAGCCCCCUGAUGAGUUGAGUCUCCUCUCCUCUCCCAGCGUAGCCAGGUGGGAUGUCCCAGAUGUGUGUCCUCUUAUCUCUGCUCACCCUCUCUGGUUACACCCAGGUCUCCUCGACUAAAUCUCUGAAACUCCUGAUGGAACAAUGGACGAGCUACAAGAACCAGUGUUCUCAGAGCAUCGUCGCCACGCCUCCCGCCACAGGACUGGUGUGUAACAGGACGUUUGACCAGUAUGCCUGCUGGCCCGAUGGACUUCCUGGAACAACAGUCAAUGUUUCCUGUCCAUGGUACCUGCCCUGGUACCGCAAAGUCCAGCAGGGUGUGGUGUAUAGAGUGUGCAGUGGGGACGGACGCUGGGCCCCAAAGAACACCAGUGAGUGUGAGCAGGACGACCCAGGACAGCACUAUGGUAGCAUCCUCAGUAAGUUCCGGGCCAUGUACACAGUGGGCUACUCCCUCUCCCUCGGAGCCCUGGUAUUGGCUCUGGGCAUCCUGGUCUCAUUCAGGAAGCUCCACUGUAUGAGGAACAACAUCCAUAUGAAUCUGUUUUCCUCCUUCAUCCUGCGUGCUGUCUCCAUCCUGAUUAAAGAUGUCCUGCUAGACUCCCUGUCUGUCCCCCUGGCCCCCGGGGCUGACACCCACCAUCAGACGGUUGCCGGGUGCCGUAUCGCCAUGGUGAUGAUGCAGUACAGCGUCAUCGCCAACAACUAUUGGCUGCUGGUGGAAGGCAUCUACCUGCACAGCCUCCUGGUCAUCACCGUGUUCACUGAGAGAAACUACUUCUGUAUCUACCUGUUUAUCGGCUGGGGUGCUCCUCUGAUAUUCGUGUUGCCGUGGGUGAUAGUCAAAUACCUGUACGAGAAUGAAGAGUGCUGGGAGAGGAACAUCAACAUGGGUUACUGGUGGAUUAUACGUUCUCCCAUCCUGUUAGCUUACCUGAUGAAUUUCUUUAUCUUCAUCCGGAUUAUAAAGAUCCUGAUGUCGAAGCUCAAGGCCCAUCAGAUGAGAUACACAGAUUACAAAUUCAGGCUGGCUAAAUCCACUCUGACCCUCAUCCCUCUGCUGGGUAUUCACGCCAUCCUCUUCACCUUAGUCAUCGAUGAGUCCGUCCCCAAAGGUUCCAAGAUGCGUCUCAUCCGCCUCUUCUAUGACCUCCUCUUCAACUCCUUCCAGGGCCUACUGGUGGCCAUCUUGUAUUGUUUCGUCAACAAAGAGGUCCAGUCUGAGAUGUUGAAAAAGUGGAAGAGAUGGAAGCUGGGUAAAGACAUCGAGGAAGAGUACCGUCAUACAUACAGCCACACGCCUCACGUCAAGAGCGGCAGCAUCGUCACCGGCAACCUGGCCGGUGUCCAAGACAACGGCAGCAACCCUAAAGACUCACAGUUAACCCCCAACCCCGACUACGACCCAGAUCCUAUCCCUGCCUCAACCUCCAUCACCCCCAAUGAGAGCAGUAGACUGGUGGGGUCCUGCCACAACAGGACGGAUAAAGCAAAGACUCCAUCCUGCCUGCAGUGUCCCUCCACACCACACGGUGGCACUAACAACUGCAGCACUCUGAUGGAGGACGUUUGUCUGGUGGAGAGGGCGCAGAGUUAUACACGCCCAGAGGAGGGAGCCGAAAGCAACUUCUGACCAACGGGGGAAGACCAUCCCCGGCCUAUGGAUUGAUUGGUUGAUUGGUUGACUGCAGGUCCAGAUCCUAUGGAUUGAUUGGUUGAUUGAUAGAUACAUUGCUAAAGUGUUCUGGUGUAGAAAGAGACAACACACCUACUGGAGGGGACCGUUAUUGCACUGCAGGUCCAGAUCCUAUGGAUUGAUCGGUUGGUUGAUUGAUUGGUUGACUGCAGGUACAGAAGGCUCGAUAGUCUGAAAAUAUGAACGAUUUUACUGUUUCUUUCUCUGUGACCAUAUUUUGACCACACGGGAUGGACCACGUUCCCCACUGUGUUCAGGACCUCAAGGAAAUCUCUUCGUUGACCACGAACAUCACGGUUGACGAGAACUACUGCUAAAGGAAAACUAGCAGGCCUGCUAGCUGUGUCCAUGUGUACGACCGCCAACCAAACGCUACCCUCGCUCAACAACUCCCUGGCUGUGAUCCGAUUCUCCUCCCUUUUCUGGAAGUGUGCACUAGCACCCCCGUCAAUCAUUUAAAGCAUAGGAUUGGUGUAGGUUCACAUUGGCUGGAGGUAUUUACCCACCGUUUUCAAAUUCAUGUGAGAAAGUGUGUAAGUCCACACCGUGUGUCCCUGUUCUCUACUGCUACGGAGGCCCAAAUGGAUCCCUAUUCCCUAUCUAGUGCACUACUUUAGACCGAAACCCUAUUCCCUAUAUAGUGCACUACUUUAGACCGGAGCCCUAUUCCCUAUAUAGUGCACUACUUUUGACCAGAGCCAUAUUCCCUAUAUAGUGCACUACUUUUGACCAGAGCCCUAUUCCCUAUAUAGUGCACUACUUUUGACCAGAGCCCUAUUCCCUAUAUAGUGCACUACUUUUGACCAGAGCCCUAUUCCCUAAUAGUGCACUACUUUUGACCAGAGCCCUAUUCCCUAUAUAGUCCACUACUUUAGACCAGAGCCCUGUAUAAUGCAUAGAGUGCCAUUUGAAAGAUCAGCUCUGUGGUUCUGUAUGACCCUCAGCAGCCACCGUACUUCACUGUUGGCCAGCACAGUUUAGUUUAGUUCAGCACGUUCCUACCCAAACAACCAUGGAGACGUCUUGUUGAUAACAUCUUGCAUAACUUAACCAUUUAUAUUAUAGAUCUAAUCCGUGUCAAAAUAAGUGACAUUUACACAGAUUUACACACACACACCACACACACACACACCACACACACACACACACACACACACACACACACACACACACACACACACACACACACACACACACACACACACACACACACACACACACACACACACACACACAGACACACACACACACACACACACGUUCCUCCCAGAGCGUUCUAUCUCGGCCCUCUCAGGACAGGACUAGAUCAGAACACCCCAGAGAACAGACUCAGCUGUGGAAAAACAGGACAUUCUAGAAUGUUGCCAGGUCUGUCUGGCAUUCUGACAGACAUUUCUGGAACCCCCAAGGAUUAUGGGACUGUGGAGGACUGGACCUCUCACGGUCUCUCUGAGAGGAUUAUGGGUAGUUUGUUUGGGUACAAUUUUUUUUGGAGUGAAUAUUGAGUUUCACCAUGAACUGUUGGCCCCAUUUGAGUGGACAGACAGAGAAACAGACAGAGAAACAGACAGAGAAACAGACAGAGAAACAGACAGAGAAACAGACAGAGAAACAGACAGACUGUAUAAAAUGUAAGUUAUUCAGGUUCUAAAAGGACAGCCAACCCAUCGCCCACCAAUCAGACACAAGGAUGCAUCAUACCAGCUCUUACCUCCAGGGGGACUAUAAGAGAUGGGGUAUCCCCCUCCCCCCUCCAUGCACCCCUCCCCCCUUUGCCCUCUUCCUCUUUUCGUUGACCCGACAUAUUCUGUCAGAAUGUCUGUAUGGCUGUGGACUAAUGGAGACAUUACAACGUCUGUAUGGUUGUGGACAGGCGCUGUGGACUAAUGGAGACAUUACAACGUCUGUAUGGUUGUGGACUAAUGGAGACAUUACAAUGUCUGUAUGGUUGUGGACAGGCGCUGUGGACUAAUGGAGACAUUACAACGUCUGUAUGGCUGUGGACAGGCGCUGUGGACUAAUGGAGACAUUACAAUGUCUGUAUGGCUGUGGACAGGCGCUGUGGACUAAUGGAGACACUACAACGUCUGUAUGGUUGUGGACAGGCGCUGUGGACUAAUGGAGACAUUACAACGUCUGUAUGGUUGUGGACAGGCGCUGUGGACUAAUGGAGACAUUACAACGUCUGUUCAUAUAGAUGGUGAAGAUACAAGGCUUUCUGUUUCUGUGGAUGUUUUGUUCUGUGACCUCACCGUGCAGGAAAACCUCUAGGUCGUAGGUCCUGGAGAAACUCCUGUGCUUGUGAUCUAUCCCAGCGUUACUCAGACUAAUCAGAGCUUGAUGAUGCACAAGGUUAAUACCCAAUAGGAGCGAGUUUGGGAGACGCUGAUCUGUCCUCACUCAACCCACGCACAGUGUGUGAAGUCGAGGGCGUCGUCAUCAUGAGUAGGGCCCAGAGGAUUUCCUGACUACGUUAACUAACCAGGAACGAACUCUGCAAUCCCAUUGUUAUUAACUAACACCAGCUAAAGGCCUGGGCCUGUAUUCACAAAGCAUCUCCUGAGUGGCGCAGUGCCAGACAUCACUACAGACACCCUGGUUUGAAUCCAGGCUGUAUCACAACUGGCUGUGAUUGGGAGUCCCAUAGGGUGGCACACAAUUGGCUCAGCGUUGUCCGGGUUUGGCCGGGGUAGGCUGUAUUUGUAAAUAAGAAUUUGUUCUUAACUGACUUGCCUAGUUAAAUAAAGGUUAAAUAAAGGUUUCAUUUCAGAGUAUAAAUGCUGAUCUGGGAUCAGGUCCUCCCUGUCCAUGUAAUCUGAAUGCCGAUCUAGGAUCAGGUCCUGCCUGUCCAUGUAAUCUGAAUGCUGAUCUAGGAUCAGGUCCUCCCUGUCCAUGUAAUCUUAUUUGUUAUGUUCUGAAAGGCAAACCUGAUUCUAGAUCAGCACUCCUGCUCCUAUUCUUAGACGUAUUGUGAAUACGGGCCCUGGAUUGGUUCCUGUGGGCAAGGUGAACUCCUGUCUCUAGCCUACUCAUGACGUGACGUCUCCAUGAUGUGUAGAAUGUACAUACCAAGUUCUUAAACAGAGAAGAAGAGGAAUGAAAUAUGUUGUUUUGUGUUCCGUUAGAAGUCGACAUGAUUCGAAAGAUUGUAAUGAUUAAAAGAGAUGACCAACUGAC